UGCAGGUGGCUGCAGAAGCCCUCCAACCACUGGACCUAACACAGGUCUACCAGUUUACCUCUCUUGUUUCUUCGUGUAAACCAAGGCGACUUGUGGCUCGUAAGCUGAGGAGGGCCAAGUGUCUGCAGCGACACUCAAGAUGGUGGCCGCGUCCAGCUGGAGGAGCACGUCCUCUGUGUUGCUGGCCGCCUUGUCUCUUGUCUUGUUGCUCGCAAGUCCUUCUGGCGGGAACCAGGUCAACACCUACCGUAGGGGCCCUUACAACCCCCACCACUUUCCCGACGGACUCGAAGGCUCCGGGCGACCUACAAGUCCUUCCUUCUUCGGAUCUCUCAGAGCUAAACGACAGUUUCCUGCUAAAACCCCGCAUCAUCUGGUUGACGUCGAGCGUCUGGAUCCUGAGGACCUCGAGGGUUUCAGGUCAGAACCUGAUGGAAGUAGGAAGGGUUCGACCAAGUUCGGGAACCGGUAUUCAGUUCCAGGGCUUGCGUCCAAUGGAGGUCGUCCUCGGGUCAACCCCAUACCACAGCCUGUAGAGGAGGAGUUCUCAUAUUUGCCCCCGGAGAAGCCUACCAAAGAAGGCUCCGCCGGCACUGAGUAUGAGACGGACGCCGAGGUGGCAGUGCCUGCGAAGGGCGAUGGACCCACCAAGAAUCGUCCACCUGCUAAGGGCGGCCGACCCUCCAAAACCCCCCUGAGAGAUUGUUCAGAGAAGCCGGAUGAUCCGGUGAACGGUCACAUCGUGUGCUCCACAUACUCUGGGUGUCGGGCCGACUGUGACAGAGGGUACCAGUUCCCCUCCGGCGACCGGCGGAUUUUCUUCAAGUGUGUCAACAAGCGAUGGACCAUCAUCAACUACAGCUGGGACACGCUGCCUGACUGCCGACCCAUCUGCGACCCACCGUGUUUGAACAACGGAAUCUGCAUCGCUCCAAACAAGUGCCAGUGUUUGGAGGCGUGGCAGGGUCCAAGGUGCGGCCAGUCCAAGACCAUGUGCCCCAUGGAGACGAGUCCUGAGGUUACCAAUGCCUGGAAGCGGUGCCGGGGCAGCAAAUGUGUGUACACGUGUCUUGAUGGGUACCAGUUCCAGGAGGGCGUGAUGAGCCUCACUAUGAUGUGCCACAAUACUGUUUGGUCCGUCCAGGAGGCCGGCUGGAGCCACACAACACCGGAAUGUCUGGCCGUGUGCACGCGGGCAUGUAUGAACGACGGCAAGUGUGUGAUGCCCGACUUCUGUGAGUGUACCCCGGAGUACCGCGGCGACCACUGCCAGUACCACGUGUCAAGGUGCGACCCUAAGACUCUACACUUCAACGGAGGCUACAACUGCACAUACCAUGGUCUGGACUUCUGGUGUGUCCUGGAUUGUCCUGGGGUCUGGGAGUUUCCCCCGGCACCACGCUACAUUUGUGACUAUGAGACCAGCUCCUGGUCCCCACUACCCGUACCGCAGUGCAAAUACGGUGGUGAAGUGAUACCGAGGCCACCUAUGAUCUUCCCCAAGGUGCCGGGCACCUGCUUCACCUGGUCUGGGGCCCAUUACAAGACCUUUGAUGGCAAGGUGUACAGCUUCGAGAGCUCGUGUCCCUACACCCUGGUGAAGGAUUCGACCCAUGGAACCUUCACCGUCAACUUACGCACGGCUGACGGCUGUCAAGGGUCAUCUUGCCCCAAAGUCAUCCAGAUCUUCCUAGAGGACGACGAGUUUGUUCUCCAGGCCACAGAGACGGGUGAGCCAAGUCUGGCCUACCGGGACACCAACCUGGCCAUCCCUGGUCAGAUGAACGGUGUUGUGUCGGAGAGAGUGGCACACUUCGUGGUGGUCAAGGUGUCUGGCCUGGGACUGACCAUCAAGUGGGACAUGAAAAACUUGGUGGUGGCGGACCUGAGCGAGGUGCAGUGGAACCAAACAUCUGGACUGUGUGGUCGGCUGGACGGUCAUCCCGACAAUGACUGGAGCAACUCUGAUGGCACUCCAGUGACCAACAUUCACUCCUUCUUGUACUCUUGGAAGGCUGGGAUCUUAGGGGAGUCGUGUCUGAGAGAACCAAAUACGACACAUCCUUGUGAAGACAUCUCUGUGGCUUACCAGGCGGAUCAGUUUUGCUCUCGGCUAAUUAAUGACAAGAGGUUCAACAGAUGUCGUCAGGCGGUGAACGUGGAGCCCUUUGUCAACACCUGCCGCUGGGACUACUGUGGCUGUGACUCCCAGGACCGGGAGACGUGCGCCUGCCAGUCCUUCGCCGCCUUCUCCAGAGAAUGUGUCAACACUGGGGAAAUAACUGGAUCAUGGCGCUCACCGGACUUGUGCCCACUGAGGUGUGAGGGGGGCCUGGUGUACAACCCGUGCAUGCAGGCCAGCCAGACCCGGUGUGGCCAGGCGGAGGACGAAGAGUGGCCAGAGUUCUGUGUGGAGGGCUGCGACUGUCCCCCCAGCCUGCUGCUUCACAACGGCCGCUGCAUCAACCCCAGCAACUGCCCCUGCACCUAUCACAACAAGCAGUACAACAUUGGCGACAUCGUGUUUAAUGACUGCAACUCUUGCACGUGCCUGGGAGGAAAGUGGGUGUGUACAGAGGUAAAGUGCAGUGCCCGCUGUGCUGUGGUGGGAGACCCUCAUUACACUACCUUUGAUGGCCGCCAUUUUGACUUCAUGGGCAUGUGUUCGUACUACCUGGUCCAGGGUGAAGACUUCAGCAUCGAGGCCGAGAACACGCCCUGCGCUGGCACCAUUUCUGAUAACAUGCACAUCCAAAAUGCAGAGGUGGUUCAUUUUCCAUCUUGUACCAAGUCGGUGACGAUCCGUAUAGGGAAAACUGUCAUUCACCUCAAACAGCGCAGGGAGAUCACUGUCAAUGGCAAUGAGCUCAGGAAACUGCCUACUUGGGUCAAGGGCGCAUAUAUCAAGAAUCCUUCAAAUCUGUUUGUCUUGGUUGAGCUGACCAACGGGCUGGCGGUGUGGUGGGAUGGCCACUCCCGCGUCUACGUUGACGCCCCCGCCAAGUUCCGGGACAAGACGGCCGGCCUCUGCGGCACCUUCACCGACAACCAGCACGACGACUUCCUCACACCUGAGGGAGACGUCGAGACCAGUCCUAUACUCUUUGGUAACAAGUGGAAGACAGCACAGGUAUGCCCAGACGGACCAGGGGUAGAUAAGACGAGUCCUUGCGACAAGCACGUGGAGAUCAAGGCUCAGGCCGAGAACUACUGUCAGAACGUCAAGUCAAGAGUCUUUGCUGAGUGCCACCUGGAGGUGGACCCUGAGCCAUACUACCAGGACUGCCUGUACGACGUGUGCUCCUGUGACUCCAAGAUCGACGACUGCUUCUGCCCGAUCUUGGCCUCCUUCGGGAAGGAAUGUGCAAGGAAGGGCUUCAUCAUUGAUUGGCGGGCUGAGAUUCGCGAGUGUCCUAUCCUGUGCACUCGUGGCCAGGUGUACCAAGUGUGUGGCGACAGCUGUUCUCACACCUGCCUGGAUCUGACCACCAACACUGACUGUGAUAAGAAAUGUGUAGAAGGCUGCAACUGCCCGCCCGGAUACACCCUGGAUAAUGAUGACAUUUGUGUUCCUGUAAGCGAGUGCCCCUGUGUGUAUGAGGGAGAUGAAUACAAACCCGGCCAUAAGAUGCAGCAGCCACAGACGGAUGGGUCUUCUCUAAGUUGUGAGUGCCUCAAUGCGGGCUGGACAUGCCAGGGAGUGAGUGGUAAUGAGACGGUAACAGAUAGUCCUCAUAUUGUGUGCAGUGAUGAUCAACAUGAAGUCUACAGUGACUGCCUUCCAGAAGACGAGAUUACCUGCCAGACGAUGCACUCGAGUGUUAUGACCUGGGAAGAUAAGUGCCGCCCCGGGUGUGCCUGUGCCACUGGUUACGUCAGGGACCCCGAGACUGACACUUGCAUCCUCCGCAGCGACUGCCCUUGUCACCACGGUGGCCGCUCUUAUCAAGAUAAUUCCUCCAUCUCUCAAGACUGCAACACCUGUGUAUGCACAGGCGGCCACUGGGUGUGCACUGCUGCACAGUGUCCUGGCAUCUGUACCGCCUGGGGGGACUCCCACUACAAGACGUUUGAUGGCCGCCUCUACGAGUUCCAAGGGGCUUGUGACUACAUCCUCGCCAAGGGCAGUCACACUAAUAAAGGACAUUUUGACAUCACAGUACAGAACGUGGCGUGUGGCACGGACGGAGUGACAUGCGCGAAGUCCCUCACCCUGAGACUGGGCGUGGGAGACGUGCACGAGCAGCUGGAGUUCUCCCGCAGUAAACCCCUCCCACCCAGCAGGAACCUGACGUGGACCAUCAUCCGUGAGGCUGGAGUGUUCGUGUUCGCGGAGGUGCCGGACAUGGGCCUGGUGCUACAGUGGGACCGUGGCACCCGCGCCUACCUCAGACUCGACCCUGUCUGGCGAGGCAAGGUGCAUGGGCUGUGUGGUAACUACAACGGAAACGAGAGAGAUGACUUCCAAACGCCGGGAGGUUCCAGUGAAGCGUUGGUGAACAUCUUCGGAGACUCUUGGAGGCUGCACAGCUACUGCCCGGCCAGCGUUGCCAUCAAGAACACGUGCAAGCUCCACCCACACAGGAAGGUGUGGGCGGCCGAGCAGUGUGCCAUACUGAGAUCAGAGGUCUUCACACCCUGCCACUCCGAAGUGCCCGUCCAACCCUACGAGGAGAGAUGCUUGUUUGAUGGGUGCGGGUGUGACACUGGCGGGGACUGCCACUGUCUGUGUACGGCGGUAGCGGCAUACGCUCACGAGUGUGCCAUGCAUGGCGUCUACGUCAGGUGGCGUACACCUCACUUCUGCCCGAUGCAGUGUGACGAGGAAUGCGAGCACUACGAGGCGUGUAUUCCCACCUGUCCUCGCCCCACCUGUGACACGCUCCUCAGCCCCAACCCGCCUAUGUGUGCCCUCGACACCUGUGUUGAAGGGUGUUCCAAAAAUGAAUGCCCACCAGGCCAGGUGCAUCAGAGUGCGACUGACGAUCACUGUGUUCCUAAGACAGACUGCCAGAAGAAGUGUUUGCAGAUUAACGGAACAUUAUACAUGGAAGGCGACGUCAUUUCUAAAGAUGAUUGCCACACAUGCUACUGUUCCCAGAAGACCAAGAGCUGUCGUGGAGUGCCGUGUCCUAUACGGCACACCACGAUUUCGCCUCCACCUUCAACUUCAACUGCUCCUCCAACUUCAACUCGUGCCACUCAGUCUUGUGGUCAAGGAUGGUCAAGUUGGAUCAAUAAGAACUCCCCUGCCACGUUAAACGGCAGUGCUGAGAUGGAAUCGGUUCCUUUAAGGAUCACUAUUACGUCGCCUUCUGCAGGAUGGUGCGAGAGGAAUGAAAUAGCGGACAUCUCGUGCCGUAGCGUGGGCACCCACCGGCCCCACACGGAGCAGCCAUGGGCAAGAUGCUCAGUGCAGGAGGGCCUGGUGUGUGAGGUCCCCAGUAACUACAUCGGAACUGACCUUUGCUGGGACUAUGAAGUCCAGUUCCUGUGUGACUGCACUCCCAGAACGACACAGACGUCAACAGCGAUUCCGACAACUACCGGGAAGCCAUGUGAAGAGGAGGGCUGGAGCCAGUGGUACAAUUCUCACAGUCCGGACAUUCACGGAGACCUGGAGCCUCUGGAAGAUAUCCGCCUGUUGUACAAUGUGUGUCCUGAGAACUACAUCUCCAAGGUGGAAUGCCGCCCGGUGGGAGGAGGAGAAACUCAGCCUUUUGCCGUGUGUGACAGGACCGGUCUCACUUGUAGAAACAAUGCCACAGCUGCACGCAAAGAACCCUGCAAGGACUAUGAGUUGCGGGUAUUAUGCCGUUGUGAAUGUCAGGAUGGUCUGGGCAUGGAGGAUAACAGCAUAUCAGAUGCCCAAGUUACUGCCUCGUCGUUUAUGGGACCUGAAGACAAGCCUUCUGCAGCCCGCCUCAACGCUGACGGGGCCUGGACUGCAGAUGUUGACGAGAACUCCAGUGAUGUUGCAAAAAAGAGGCAAUGGCUGCAGGUGGACCUGGAGAAGGUGAAGGAGGUGACAGGUGUGGUGACUCAAGGGCACCCACGCCAUAACUGGUUUGUGAAGACCUUCGCUGUCCAGUUCUCGGAGACUAACACCUGGCAAUAUGUUAUGGAUGAAGAAUCUGCAGCUCCUAAAGUAUUUACAGGGAAUAGUGACAGUUCAACAGCGGUGACCAACAUGUUCCCAGCGCCUGUGUUUGCUCGCUUCAUCAGGAUCAUCCCCGACACCUUCCAUACUCGCAUCUCCCUCAGGCUGGAGCUCAAGGGCUGUGACGUUAAAGUAACAUCAACAGAAGUCCCAGAGAUCACCUCAUCUACCCCAGAAUGUCUUUAUAUGAUGCGCUGUGACCACGUUUGUCUCCACCACCGCUUCCACUUGCAGACGUCUGGCAAAUGUCUGCACGACGAGGAGAGUGUGAGUGUGUGCGAGGAGUGUGGUGCCGGCCAGUACCUCCGCGACCUCCACACCUGCGUCAGCCGCCGAGAUUGCAACUGCCACCUCAACGGCGUCUCAGUUCCGCCUGGCCAACCGGUGAGGAAAAGUGAUUGUGAGAUUUGCCAGUGCGUCAACAACAACCUCGACUGUAAAGACGUUUGCGUCACGCCGACGUUGACCACAUUGACAACUCCAUCCCCUUCCACACCGCUGCCAAGUUGUACUGAAUGGAGCCCGUGGAUGAGUGAGUCAACCCCCAGCUUAGGAGACGAGAGAGAGCCUUUGGCUGACCUGCUCGACCGCCUGUCCUGCCCCACACCACUCCACAUUGAAUGUCGAGUGAAAGGAAGCCGCAAGUCUCCAGGCAGAGUGGACCAGGGCGUGGUGUGCGACACAGAGGUCGGCCUCCUGUGUCUCGCCUCCCUCAACCCUCAAGGCUGCUCGGAUUAUGAAGUGCGCCUCUUGUGUGAGUGUCCGGUCACUGAAGCCACCACAGAGUCUACAUCAACCACCACGACCAUAACACUCCCAACGAUGACCACCCCGCCGCCGCCCUGUCACCCUGACGGGUAUGUCAAUCUGCUUGGUGAUGUUGAAGACAGCGCCUUCUCCUCCACCCCGGUGCGCAGCUCACUCUUCGCAGCAUCCAGGGCGCGCCUCUAUAACACUGAUGGCACUCUAACCUCUGGUGAUAGCUGGUCCCCGUUAAGGAACGACAAGCAGCAGUUUGUGCAGGUAGACCUGGGCUGGGCAGUCCCCGUGUAUGGCGUGGUGGUGGCUGGCAACCCCCGCACCAAAGAGAGGGUGAGGUCGUUCACUCUCCAGUACUCCACGGAUGGCAACAUUUGGAGCAUAUUGCCGGAUGACCCCAAGACCCCAACAGGACCCCCGAAGAUUUUGAGAGGUCCCGCCAGUGCCUCGGAGCUGAGAAAGGAGAUAUUUAAGGAGCCCGUGGAGGCCAGGUACAUCAAACUCAUCCCCGUUGACUGGGCCGAGGGCAUCGCCUUGAGAUUCGAACUCAUUGGUUGUAGUGAGGUUACACCCACUCCGACACCGCCCAUUCCACCACCCAGGUGUGAGGAUCCAAUGGGCCUGGAGAAUAAAGCCCUCUCAGAUCAACAGAUUGUUGUAUCCUCUAUCUUGAAGAAUGACGACUUUUAUGGCAAGCAAAACAUUCGUCUCAACAGCGUGUUCGUGCCCACGGUGUCUGCUGGGGCGUGGGUGGCCCAGCCCAGACCCGACCAAUACGUCAGGUUUGACUUCCAGGAGCCGAGGACAUUAUCAGGGGUGAUAAUACAGGGUCGAGACAGGAACAGAGAGUGGGUCGAGUCCUUCACUGUUCGCUAUUCUCCUGAUGGAAACACUUGGAAUACACUGCAAAAUCCUGAUGGUACUGACAAGGUAUUUGCUGGGAAUUAUGACGACAGGUCCCCAUCGAAGACUAAUUUUGAUAGACUUAUUGAGGCUCGUUUUCUGGAGAUCAGACCUAAGACGUGGAAGGACAACAUCGCCAUGAGAGUUGAAGUUCUUGGAUGUUUCGAACCUUACAGUGAGGUCACAACACCAUUCACGACGGCACCACCCACGCAGACGACCCCACCACCCUCCACCUGCUCUCCCUGCCCGGGCCUCCCGCAGGAGUACUAUGACACCUGUCUUGCGUGUCGGCGCGGAGAGAGCUAUGAUGGUCAGUCCUGUGUCCCUGAUCUCUUCUGCCCAUGUUUCUGGAAUGGCAUAAAAUACAAUGCUUCGUCAGUGUUUAUUACGGGUGAGUGUGAAGAGUGCGAGUGCAUUCACACGGAAGCUGUGUGCAUCAAGAAGCAGUGCCAGGCGUGUGAAGGGGGUGAACUAGGUGUAUUAACGUCACAGUGUGGAUGUGAAUGUAAGCCCUGUCCUCCGGGAAGCAGACUCUGCCCCUCCAGCAACUACUGCUUGAACGACACGUUGUGGUGUGACAGUGUCGAACACUGCCUCGAUGAUGAGGUCGACUGUCCCUCCACCACCACCACCACCACCACCACCAUCACCACCCAAGAACCUUGCCCAAUCCAAAAUUGUCCUGAUUACUGGGAGAAGGAGGAACUCACUGGCGUAGGAGAAUGUCCUAUGAUAUCUUGCAAGCCUCCGGAGAAGUGCCCCAAACUUGACUGUCCACCAAAGCAACUUGUUGUGUUUUCAAAUAAGACAGUAACAGUGUGCCCGGAAUACACAUGCGAGGAUCCAUGUCCAGAACAAGUGUGUUCCUCUGGAUAUACACUCAAAAAGGAGAGUUACACUGAUGAGGAGCACCGCAUCGACGCACACUUCCCUUACGCCGACUGUACUGACUUCUGGUGCUUCUCGGUGCCAGGUGAACCUUGCCGCCCUCAGGGAUGUUCUCCAGGAUAUACGUUAAAGAAAUAUAACAAUCCUUCAGAGUUGUGUCCUAAGUUCAAGUGUGAGAUCUCAUGCCCUGUGAAGUGGUGUCAGCCAGGCUACAUGACCUUCUUCAGGUGGGUGUCGAAGACAGCGCCAUGCCCCGACUUUGGCUGCAUCCCGGUCUCCGGCUGCCCUCAUAAGGAGAAACCGAGUUGCAGCAUUAAUGAGAAGUUAUACCUGGUCAACCCAGGUGAAAAGUGUCCAGAGUAUGUCUGCAGACCAGUGGUGAUCACCAUCACCACCACCACGCCCCCUGAGGACAGAUAUGUCAUUCCACCACAUUGUACAUUGAAGUGGAAGAUGCUGACGUCGUUUGAUAAGUCCAUGUAUCAAGUAGAGAUCUGCAACCACAUUCUAGCCCAAGACAAGGUCAACAAACACUGGAGCGUGUCUGCGCACAGAGGUUGUACUGAGCAGAGGACCAGAGGGUGUGAUGGCUUCCUCACCAUCACACAAGACAACAAACAGUUAGUCCUCUAUCGAGACCUGACUGUCUCCUGGAGCAACUAUAACUACACUGUUGAUCAGGCAAAGAAAAUUGGGUCUUUGAAUGGCUUCACGAUCAAGAUGCUCAAGAGCUCCACCAUUUAUUUCACCUCAGAGACUUAUGGCUUCACAGUUACUUGGGAUGUUCACAUGAAUGUUGAAAUCACCGUGAAGGAGGAGCUCAUGUACAAGGUAGACGGACUGUGUGGCUACUUCACUGGGUACUCGGCCGACGAUAAGUCCAAGCCUGACGGCACUCUGGCCGCCACCACCAAAGACUUUAUCAAGUCUUGGGCCAUCGGUGACGACAUCUGUAAGGAGGUGACAUGCACCAAGAGUGCUAAUGAGGAAGCACUUAGACUGUGCAGUGAUAUCCGUACGCAGCCGUUCACCGGCUGCCACGAUACCCUCAACCCAGAGCACGUGAUGAAGGUGUGUGCAGAGACAACUUGUGAGUGCCUGAGUAAUGAAACAGUCCAGGGCGAGUGCCGCUGCGAUGCUCUCUCUCACUAUGUGGAACAGUGCCAGGAGAGGAACCCUAGUGCUCCAGUCCACAACUGGCGGAUCCAGGCCAACUGCCGUAAGGAAUGUGGCCCAGGAGAAAGCUACUACGACUGCUUCCCCUUCGAGUGUGAGCAGCAAUGCGAGAAUUUGCACGAUGAAAAGCUUUGCAACGAAAGGGUGGGACCUUGCAACUCCGGCUGCUUCUGUGCAGAUGGAUAUGUUCGCAAAGGAAGCAAGUGCGUGACGCCAGACGCGUGCAAGGACUGCGUGUGUGAAGGCUACGGUGACCCCCACUACACCACCUUUGAUCAACACAAGUACACCUUUAAUGGGGAGUGUUCGUAUGUGGCUGUGCAGCACAAGAACCACUUUGACUCCCGCCAUUUCCAGGUUAUCGUGCACAACAAGCGGUGUACCACAGAGCCCAUCACUCUCUGUACUGAAGCCCUGAGCGUCCUCUUCAAGACCCACAAGGUGUUGAUCUCGUCCAGUGCUGGAGCUGCCCUUAAUGUGUCUGUUGAUGACUACCAGCUGACCGCCUUCCCUCACCAAGAAAAGUGGCUCAAGGUUGAACAGCCAGAUCACACCCAGGUGAUGGUGACCGUCAAGGAGCUGCAGCUGGAGGUGGACUUCUUCCUGGAAAACCAUCAGUUCACCAUCCGUCUGCCAUCCUACCUUUACUUCAACAAGACGGAGGGCUUGUGUGGCAACUGUAACCACGACAAGAAGGAUGACUUGGUUGCUAAGGGCGUAGGCCUCGUGGAGUCUGUUGACACUUUCGGCCAGAGUUGGUUGCUGGAGGGUGAAGCAAACACCUGCAGUGUCUUGGAGAAGGAGUCGUGCCAACCUCUCCCUCCUGACCAGGACCCUUGCUUGUAUAUAAUGGAUGAAGACAUAUUUGGAAUGUGCCAUCAACUAGAGAAUCCAGGCUCGUAUAUAUCAUCGUGCCAGCUUGAUAUUUGUUAUGGAAGCGAGCCAAAUGUAACAGCAUGCGAGAGUCUUGCAGCCUACGCCAAGCUCUGUGCCGACCUUGGUGUGUGUUUAGACUGGCGCUCUCAAGAUCUCUGCCCCAAGACCUGUUUGGGAGGUCUGGAGUACCGUACUUGUGUAUCUGGUUGUGUACGAACCUGUGAAAACUAUGAACUUCUUGAUACUGAUCCUGAUGCAUGUUCCCUGGUCCCCGUUGAAGGCUGCUUCUGUCCAGAGGGUAUGGUACUGGACAACGGAACUUGUGUGGAGGAAAGCAUUUGCGAGAUGUGUGACAAGGAGCACCACGUGGGGGACGUGUGGCAGGAAGGGCCUUGCAAAACAUGCGAGUGCACCGUGCCUGGCACCAUCUGUCAGCUUAAGGCCUGCCCCCCGCACCCUAUGUGCGGGCAAGGCUACACUCUUGUUGAGGUUCCAGGCUCUGAAGACAGCUGUUGUGGAGCGAACAUGACUUGUGAGCAACUACCGUGUCCAGAGCACCCGAAGCCAAAUGAUGACUGUGGCUAUGGCAAAGACUGGAACCUUACUAAGGGCCUCAAUGAUUGCCCUCAGUAUGUUUGUGUUUGUAUUCCACGUGAGGACUGCCCUAAACUCAUCCCUCCCGAGCAAAAACAAGGAGAGGAGUGGACACUGGAUGAGUCCGGAUGCUGCUCCAGGUAUAUCAAACGCUGCACUGGAGAGUGUCCCGAGAAGGUGUGCCCGGAGUACCACACUCUAAGAGAGAAGCCGCUCAAGGAGGAUGAAUGCUGCCCUGAGACUUCGUGUGAGCCUCCAACGGAGUGCAUAUACGUCUAUCAGUACCGGGUUGGCGAUGACGGGUUUGAGCAAAGAAUAGGCUUCGGAAAUGAUACCAAGAAAGAACUUCAACCGGUUGGUGAGAAGUGGAGUGACGGGUUGUGCCUAAACUGUGAGUGCUUGCUGGACUCUGACGGCCACCCUCACCACCAGUGUGUCCAAAACAUCUGUCCUCUCCUCAAUACCCUCCCAGACCACGACCAGUACAAGCUGGAGAGUGUACCAACACCAAAUCAGUGCUGCCCUGACAUCAAGAGGAUUGCUUGUAUUGAUAGCAGAGAUAUAAUUGAAGUUGGAGAGAAUAAAAGUGAAGGGUGUCGAAGUGUGGCGUGUGUGGAGACCCCAGAAGGCAAGGUGGAGAAGAGAGAGAUGAUUUACUCUUGUGAGGAGUCUUGCCCCGCAGGCUGGCAGUAUCAACCACCACCCCAACCCACUACCCAGUGCUGUGGGAAAUGUGUACAGGUGGGGUGUCCUGUCGGGGAUGAGGUGAAGACUGUGGGCGAGACCUGGGAGUCAGACGACCACUGUACCACCUAUACGUGUGCCAUCGAUGACCAUGAGCAGAUUCAGGUGGAGAGUGUGAAGACUCAGUGCAUGGAGCCUAGUGACGAGGAGUUUGACCGCUACGUCUUCAACAGAACCAUCGACCCUGUGGCCUGCUGCCCCAUCUACUCCAAAGUUGCUUGUCUCCUCAACGGCACCUUCAUCCAAGUGGGGGAGAAGGUUCAAGAUCCGAAUGAUGUAUGCAUUAACAUCAGCUGUGUGAUGGAUGCUGAGGAUAACAUCAUGCGCCAUGAGCAUGAGAUAACAUGCAAUAGAGAAUGUGCUUUAGGUUCAGUUUACAGAGAGCCAGCAACACUCAGUUAUUGUUGCGGAGAGUGUGUCCAAGUCAGUUGUGUUGACAAUGGGACAGAAUAUUCCGUGGGCGACCAGUGGGUCAACGACGACCUUUGUCACCAGUACAGCUGUGAGUUGAUGAACGAUGUCCCGACACUGGUCGCUGCUAAGACACGAUGCCCCUACUUUAACCCUGAGUGUCCUCACCAAAACAUAUAUAUGGACGACUUGGGUUGCUGCCAGUUGUGCAGUGUGGAGCCAGAAGGAAAGUGUGAGCCAAAGGAAAUGCCUCCCCAAGAAACUGUGGGCAUCUUUGAGAUAUCUGACCCGGUUUCUGGAAUAUGUAAAAAUUCUUAUGCUGUGGAAAAGGUUAUGCAGUGUUCCGGUCAGUGUAACUCCAACACCGCCUUCAAACUACAAGGUGAAGAAGCAGUGCAUGUGUCUACAUGCAAGUGUUGCAAACCUUCUGUAUUGACCAAGAUAUCGGUAGAGCUGCAGUGUGAGUCUGGGAAGAACAUCACUAAUGAAUAUGACAACAUCGAGGAGUGCCAAUGUCAACUAUGUGCUGAAACCUCCGCAGGACACAAGGCCCUUGAACUGCUUCAGAAAUAAUUUGGAGAAUUUAAGCCAAUAAUUAUUUGCCCACCAGUUAUGUUGUAACCCAUGUAUGUGUGUGAAUGAUGGAGCAUGAUGGUGACCCAUGUAUGUGUGUGUGUGAAUGAUGAAGCAUGAUGGUAACCCAUGUAUGUGUGUAUGAAUGAUGAAGCAUGAUGGUAACCCAUGUAUGUGUGUGUGUGAAUGAUGAAGCAUGAUGGUAACCCAUGUAUGUGUGUGUGUGAAUGAUGAAGCAUGAUGGUAACCCAUGUAUGUGUGUGUGUGAAUGAUGAAGCCUGAUGGUAACCCAUGUAUGUGUCUGAAUGAUGAAGCAUGAUGGUAACCCAUGUAUGUGUCUGAAUGAUGGAGCAUGAUGGUAACCCAUGUAUGUAUGUGUGUGAAUGAUGAAGCAUGAUGGUAACUCAUGUAUGUGUGUGUGAAUGAUGAAGCAUGAUGGUAACCCAUGUAUGUGUCUGAAUGAUGAAGCAUGAUGGUAACCCAUGUAUGUGUCUGAAUGAUGGAGCAUGAUGGUAACCCAUGUAUGAUGUGUGUGAAUGAUGAAGCAUGAUGGUAACUCAUGUAUGUGUGUGUGAAUGAUGAAGCAUGAUGGUAACCCAUGUAUGUAUGUGUGUGAAUGAUGAAGCAUGAUGGUAACCCAUGUAUGUGUGUGAAUGAUGAAGCAUGAUGGUAACCCAUGUAUGUAUGUGUGUGAAUGAUGAAGCAUGAUGGUAACUCAUGUAUGUGUGUGUGAAUGAUGAAGCAUGAUGGUAACUCAUGUAUGUGAAUGAUGAAGCAUGAUGGUAACUCAUGUAUGUGAAUGAUGAAGCAUGAUGGUAACACUUGUAUGUGAAAACAAAGCAAGGCUGUGAAGCAAUUAUUUAACUGGUCUUGAGCACGUAACUGUUGUGGUUGGCAAGAUUGUCGUGUAUCCAGCCUCAUACAGAGCCGUGCUCCCAUCUUCUGUAAUAAUGUUGGCGUUCAUUAUUUACCAGGUUCUAGUCCCAUAUUCCUUACUGAUAAUAUGACGGAACUGCGCCUGAUCUUGUUGAUAUUUGAUGAUGACCCGACCGAUUUGGACUAGUUAAUAUAUUAAUGUACACAUUAACUAGAUGUAAUUGCAAUUAAUAAAAGUACAAAAAUAUGAGCAUUAAAAAACAAUAUAUAUAUAUAUAUAUAUAUAUAUAUAUAAUAUUGUAUGAACCUAAUUGGUUAUUGAGACAAUAAAAUCUGCAAUGUA